GUGAGAUGGCAUGAAAAUGAAAUGGCUGUCUUGCUAUAUGAUAUCGCUGAGAAACAAUGUAAAGAAAUGCCGCAUAAAUCCACAGGCAUUAUUGAUGAUAUUCGUCCGAUUCCAAAUGCCAAAGUUUUGAUCUAUUAUAAAGAUAACAAAUGGACUUUGUGGGACACAGAAAAAAACAAUUAUACUUCUAUGAAAGACAAUGAUUAUGUUCUGAAAGUUUCCGAAAAACUUAGAAAAAAAAAGUUUUUUGUUUUUAGACAAAGAAACAUUAGUAUUUGAAACUUCCUCCGAAAAACACUUAACAUAUUUAAGUUUUUAUUGUCAACCAGAGGAUGGCCCAGAAGUAUACUAUGACGCUGAUAGUGCAGGUGAACAGGGUAUUGACAGUAUGAUUUUGUUGUCUGAUGGUUCCAUUAUGUAUGCAACAGAUGCAACGACAUCAGGAAUUCAUGUUGUUACACGCGAUAGAAAAUGUGUCUACACAGAGAGUGAAAAAAUAACUAAAGACAAAAAAAUUGAUUCCUUAAAAGAGUUAAGUGAUGGCUCGGUUGCUGUUGAAUAUUGCGAUGCUAGUGGACGUUCGCCAUAUAUUUUUAUUCUUAAACCGGGAAUUGAUGUAACAAGAAAUAUUGAUUAUCAAAUCGAGUGUAUUAAAUUGGAGCUUCGACAUAAUCCAGCUGAUCUAGAAUUGCAUUCUAAAUUAGCAAAGCUUUAUAUCGAAAAAAAUCAAAGCAAUAGAGAACUAUAUCAACUUUAUUUAUCCGGUUUAGAGGCAGCUGUUAAGUCUACCCGUCUCUAUCAAGCUCGUCGUUUUUAUGAAAAUGCAAGACAGAAACAACCCCGUUCUAGAGAACCCUGUGAGACGUCGAAAUAUCAACAAAUAAAGGCUCUUAUUACUAAACAUGAAAUUACUCAUCCAAAUUUGUCUAAAGCCAUUAUUGCUACGGAUCUGACAGCUAUCCAUCUGACAAGACAUCAAGAAGAAGAAAAAAAUCUAUUAGAAGAAAGAAUUGUAGAUCUCAAACGGCGUGGUGUUAAUGUACUUUUUGGUGUUGAUGCUGAGCAAAUACAUCGAACAUUUAAAGGGAGAAGGUUUAAACGCAUCCAGUGGAAUUGUCCUUUUGGUGAAGCUACUGCAAGAGAGGAAUUUAAAAAUACCAUUCCUCGUUUUUUUCAAUCGUGCUCUAAAUUGCAAUUACCAGAUGAUAGGGUUCAUGUCACCUUAAUGCAAAAAAGUGGUGACUAUUGGAAGACGAGACAAAAAGAAAAUCCGAUUGUUCUUGGAUCAGCUGAAGCAGGGUAUCGUUUAAUCAGAAAGCGCAGCUUUCAAACAUAUGGCGAACAGCGCUAUCCUGGAUACAUACAUGUCAAGACAGGAACAACAGAAAAAUAUUCAAGCGGCGGAGAAGAACAGGAAUUUAUUUUUGAAAAAACAGAUAAAGAAUUUCGACGAGCAACUUUACAACGGGCCCGCAAGUUAAUGGAUCCUCACAAAAAGAAAUAUGACAUUAAGACAGAUAACAGAGAUGAACAGAAUCUUUCACUUGAAGAGUGUUAUUUUGUAUGUAGCACAGAUGAAGACUCUUCAGACUAUUAUGGGUCUGAUUCCGAUGAAGACCUAUAG